AUGAUUCACACACAAACUCUCGAACUCAAAGAGCUGCGAGCCUCGAUAGCUCGGACAGUAGCUGAAAUACGCGCCAUGAAAUCCCAAGUGCACAACGUGACAAGCGCAGCGCCCGAAAUCGACCGAAUGCUUGAAGAAACUCAGAGAACUCCAUUCACUGCAAGAAUCACGGAGGCCAGGAUUCCCGAGCCGGGGAAGGUGAGAAUCCCGUUCUACGAAGGAACAACCGACCCGAAAGCACACAUCACAGCGUUUCGGAUAGCAAUGGGACGAGCCUUCACAAAGAACGCCGCUAAACUCACCGAGCGCAAAGUAGAUGCCGGAUACUGCCUGCUCUUCGUGGAGCAUCUCAAGGGAGCCGCACUCGAGUGGUUUUCGAGGCAGGAACGAAAUUCAAUCGGCAAUUUUCAACAGCUCUCCGCCUUGUUCCAGAAACAAUACUCGAUGUUUAUGGACAGAGGAACAUCUGAUGCCGAUCUGUGGACACUAUCCCAAGGACUGAACGAGCCGCUUCGGGAUUACAUGUUCCAACGGGAGAUGGCUCUCAACACGCCGCAAACAAUUCAAGACGCUCUGCACCGAUCAUCAGACUUCGUCGUAAACGAGGAGGAAAUGAAAAACUUGGACGAGCGGUACGAAGCGACGAAAGCAGCAAUCCGAAGCUCAAUUUUGCCGCGCCCCGCGAGGAAGGGCAACCCAUCAAACAACGCAACAACGCAGAGCUCGGAUGAACCUAGAAGCGGAGGUGCCCAUAACUACCAGGUAGGCACCGGACGCGGAAGAGGAGAGCCGCGCAACAACACUUGGGUGAGGAAAUCCGCCAACUACGACGAGAAGGCUUUCUGUGAGUAUCACCAGACCUACGGGCACUCAACGGCACAGUGCCGAACUCUAGGAGCAAAACUCGUGCCUAAGAUGGCAGCGGGAGAGCUCCAAAACGCGGUCAACCUCAAAGACCUCGUCCCUAACGAACAACAAGAGAGAGCCGAGCCGAGCAGCGCGAAGAGGCGAUAA